GUCUGUAGCUGGAGAGGAGGAACAGAGGGAUCAGCUGAACUACAGAAGAAAUUAAAAUAUUUUCCUGAAAUUCAUCACCAACAACCAGGAUAUUUAACUAAGAGCAAAGUUAAACUGCUGAAAGAGGUAAAGCAGAAGCCUUCCUGAAGAAUCUCCAGAACACGCAGAAAUUGUUUGCUACAUUUAAAAGACAAAUGAAGCCAAGUCCCGACAUGGAGAAACAUCAGCACUCUGUCAAGAGUUUUACUAAACAGAGUGAUCUCAAAAAACACCAGCGCAUUCACACAGGAGAGAAACCGUAUCACUGCUCAGACUGUGGGAAGAGUUUUACUAACCAGAGUAAUCUCAAAAGUCACCAGCGCAUUCACACUGGAGUAAAACCAUAUCACUGCUCAGACUGUGGGAAGAGCUUUAAUCGACUGGAGACUGUCAAACGGCAUCAGCGCAUUCACACAGGAGAGAAACCUUAUUACUGCUCAGACUGUGGGAGGAGUUUUAAUCAACAGAGUACUCUCAAAAUACACCAGCGCAUUCACACAGGAGAGAAACCUUAUUACUGCUCAGACUGUGGGAAGAGCUUUAAUCGACUGGAGACUGUCAAACGGCAUCAGCGCAUUCACACAGGAGAGAAACCGCAUCAAUGCUCGGACUGUGGGAAGAAUUUUACUGAACAGAGUGGUCUCAAAAUACACCAGCGCAUUCACACAGGAGAGAAACCGCAUCACUGCUCGGACUGUGGGAAGAGUUUUACUGAACAGAGUGCUCUCAAAAUACACCAGCGCAUUCACACAGGAGAAAAACCGUAUCACUGCUCAGACUGUGGGAAGAGUUUUACUACACAGAGUGAUCUCAAAAAACACCAGCGCAUUCUCACAGGAGAGAAACCGUAUUACUGCUCAGACUGUGGGAGGAGUUUUAAUCAACAGAGUAAUCUCCAACGACACCAGCGCAUUCACACAGGAGAGAAACCGUAUUACUGCUCAGACUGUGGGUACAGUUUUACUCAACAGAGUCAUCUCAAAAUACACCAGCGCAUUCACACAGGAGAGAAACCUUAUUACUGCUCAGACUGUGGGAGGAGUUUUAAUCGACUGGAGACUGUCAAACGGCAUCAGCGCAUUCACACAGGAGAGAAACCGUAUCACUGCUCGGACUGUGGGAAGAGUUUUACUGAACAGAGUGCUCUCAAAAUACACCAUCGCAUUCACACAGGAGAUAGCGGUCUGAGCUGCCGCGAGGCUCAGACUUCCUCUGGCAACGCUGGAUUUCCCUCUCAGAAGCAAGACUGCAGCUCUCUACUCCAUUCCACUCCACGGACCUGA